AUGCUCCCUAAUUUAGCGAAACAGUAUUCAUUUACACAAGAAGAAAUAAUUAUGCUCAAAAAUAGAUUUGAUAGACUUUGCGAUAGAGGGAUGAUGACAAAAUAACAAUUUAGAGAUUCUUUGGGAAUUUUGGGAUUAGAACAAUUCUUGGCUGAAAGGAUAUUUAACUAAAUUGAUGGGAACAAGGAUGGAGUCAUAAUGUUUGAAGAUUUUGUUAAAUAUUUGAGUAUGCUACUAAAUGGAUCUACGAUCGAUAAAGCAUUAUGGAGCUUUGGAAUGUUAUCAAAUAAUAAGAGUAUUUUAGAGUUGGAGGACAUGGAAAAAAUGAUUUUUGAGAUCUGUUAUUUGUGGAAUUCAAUAACAGGAUCGAAGUCAAUGCCUAAGAAGGAGUUGGUUUCUGAAAUAUUUCGAAUAUUUGAUAACGAUGAUGAUGGUAUUGUUCAAUUUGAAGAGUUUAGAGUUGUUUACUAAGAAGGAGUGGAAUUGAUUGGAUGGUAUGAAUUUCUAAACAAUGAAGAUAUGAGUACAAAUAAAAUUAAGGAGGAAUGGGAGAAUGUAACAAAAAAUAAAUCAAGAAAAAAAAGAAUGACUUUAAUUAAUCGUUAAUUGGAUGAGUAGACUCCUUAAGAUCUUUUGAAUAAUCAAUUAAAAAUAUUGUAAUCAGAAAUAUAAGGGUGCAGUGAAUUAAUCAAAUAAGAAAAGGAGAAGGAAUAACAGUAAAAGUAAAUAAACUUUUUGGCUUCCUUUUAUUUUGAUGAGAAAUCAUAAAAAACUCAUGGUCCCAUUUUUAAUGAUGGAUAAGUUUAAAAGUUAUAUGGGGAUGAUGAUCCUGAUUAGAAUGAUGAGCCUUAUUUAAAAUAGUAUAAUUUGACUUCGACAAUCAAUAAUGAUAGAUUUUAAAAUAGCAUCAUGAAUAGAUUAAGAAAUUUGUUAAAACUAACUGAGGACAUUAAAAAGUUGAACAACCAAUAAAUUGUGCCUAAACUUCCAGAAUAAAGUGUGGUAAAGUAGUUUAAGAAAUCAUCUCGAUCCCCAUCUCCCAUAUCUGUCAAUUAGACUAUGGAUGAUAUAUAGUAAUAACAGUAAGAGAAUGUUCGUAAGAAUUUAUCAAUUUAUUUUGGACAUGAAAAUUGGAAUUUGGUUUUGAAUAUGAUGAUUGGGAUUCGUAAGGCAAUAAAAUCAUUACAUCCUUUGACUGAUGAUAUUUUAAUUACUGCAGCACAUUUUGAAGUGAAAAAUCAAUUUGAAAUAAUACCAAAGAGAACUUAAAAAUCUUGUUCAUUUUAUGAAUAUUCUCCUUUGAUUUUUGAAAGAAUAAGAAAAAUGUAUGGGAUAUCAAAUGAUGAUUUCUUGAGAUCAAUAGGACCUGAACAAUUAUUGGGAGACUUGAUUUUUGGCAAUUUAGCUUCUUUAACAGAGAAGGUUUCAAGUGGAAAAAGUGGUAGUUUUUUUUAUUAUUCUUUUGAUGACAAAUACAUGUUGAAGACUAUAUAGAAGGAUGAAUUUGUGUUCUUCAAAAAUAACUAUCAUUCAACGAUUAUUAAAAUCUUUGGACUUUAUCAAAUUAAAGUCAGCAAAAGUAAAACAAAAUACCAAAAAAUAUAUUUUGUUGUAAUGCUUAACAUAUUCUAUACUAAUGAGGACAUCAAUUUUAGAUAUGAUUUGAAAGGGUCUCUUUAUUAGAGAACAUCAAGAGUCAAGGGUUAAGCAUCACUGGAUCAAAAUAUCCCCUUGAAAGAUCUAGAUUGGUUGGAAGAUAAACAACAAAUCUAAUUUGAUCAAAAGACAUUAGAACUCUUCAAAACUUAGUUAAUAAAGGAUGUAAAUUUCUUUAAACAAAAUAAAAUUAUUGACUAUAGUUUCUUGAUUGGAAUCGUUGAUAAUUAUAGAAUGAACAAUGAUAAUGUGUAAACACAAUGCAGAUUUUAUGAGAGGUGGAAUGGAGGGUGUAUUACGAGGGAUCAAAAAAGGUUGUAUUAUUUCGGUAUAAUUGAUAUUUUCACUGAGUAUAACAACAAAAAGUAAUUGGAACACAAGGUGAAAAGUACUUUUGUUAGCAAAGAUGUGUCAUGCAUUCCUCCUGAGAGUUAUGCUGACAGAUUUAUUAAAUUUAUUUUGCAUUCAUUAAAGUGA